AUGUCAGAAGAAAUACAACAAUCGAAUUCAGGUUAAUAGUUGAUAACCAAUUACUUUAACCAGAAUCCUGAGAAUUCACAGGAUAGACAGAGGAUAAGUAGAAAAAGAAGGAUUGAUACGGAGUUGCCUAAAAAAAAGGUUAUCCAAAAAUUAAAAAGUGAUGAUGAAUCAUCUAAUGAUAAUAAUUAAUAAGCACUAGUUAAUCCACCUAAUUGUUAAACGAUCUACAAAUACUUGAAAUCAACGAAAGAUGUAAGCAAUGAAGCGGGUAAUCAGAUUAAAGCGUUAUAGUAAAAGAAUACGGAAGAAGGUAAGUAAAAGGCUUAAGUGAAUGAUAAAACUGUGUAUGCCAAACCAAAAGAAAGUAAAGUUAUGUUAUAGUCAGUUUAAAAACAAAGUGAGGAUGAUGCAAACAAAUUGUAAUAAAAAUUGAUGGAGAAGGAAUAGGUGGAAAAGCAAUUAAGAUAGGAGAAAUAACAAUUGGAGAAUGAGCGUUAGGAAUUAAUUUAAUAGCAUAAUGCUUUCAAAAAGAGAACCUAAGAAGUAUUUGCAGAGGCUUUGAAAUAAGUAGAGGAGUUGAAGCGGGAAAAAAUGAGAGAAUAUUUGGAGAGGGAACGUUAUAGAUUGGGCGAGUUUGUUAGUUCUAGGAAUAAUGUGAGAUUUGUCGAGGAAUGGUAAGAUGGUUAUGAAAUAAAGCAAGUUAAAUAAAAUUUAUAAAAGUUAGAAAAUGAAAGAAAUGAGUUAGAAAAAUAAAAAAGUGAAAUUAAAGAUAAAUCCUUAUCAAAAAUACAAAAAGAUAAGCAAACUAAGUUACUAUUUGAAUUAGACUUAUAGAAUGGAGAUUUGGAUAAUAAUCAAAGGAAACUCAGGAUCUAAUUCUAAUUGAGUAUUCUCAAGAAAGAAGAAGAAGAACUUAAAUUGAAGCUUCAAAAACUAGAGGAAGAGAAGCAACAAUUGGCAUACAAAACAAGGAGAUUCAUGGAGGAAUAGAAAGCAGAACCUAAAUGGCCAUUGAUUGCUUAGAGAUAUUAAACUUUGGGGUUAUUGGGCAAAGGAGGAUUCUCUGAAGUUUAUAAAUCAUUUGAUUUACAAGAAUUUCGAGUUUGUGCUUGCAAAAUCCAUUAUUUAAAUCCAUAAUGGAAUGAAAAUGCAAAAAAUAAUUACAUCAAACAUGCUCUCAGAGAGAAUGAUAUUCAUAAGAGAUUGAAACAUAUUAAUAUAGUAUCAUUAUAUGAUACUUAAGAAAUCGAUUAAGAUUCCUUUUGCACUGUACUGGAAUUUUGUGAUGGCACAGAUCUUAAUCAACAUUUGAAAAAAUAUAAGCUACUUGCUGAAAAGGAAGCAAAGUUAAUUAUCCGUCAAGUAUUGGCAGCAUUGCAUUACAUGAGUUGCAGUCCCACUAAAAUUAUCCAUUAUGAUUUGAAACCUCAAAACAUAUUGUUUCACAAAGGGGAAGUGAAGAUUACUGAUUUUGGAUUGUGUAAGGUUCUGGAUUAUGAUACAACUAGAUAAGAGUUAACGUCUUAAGGAUUAGGAACCUAUUGGUACUUGCCUCCUGAAUGCUUUUUAGAAUAACCAAAUAUAUAAAUUAGCACCAAAGUUGAUGUAUGGUCAGUGGGUGUUAUAUUAUUUGAAAUGGUCUAUGGCAAAAAACCAUUUGGAGAUGGGAUGUCUUAGGAAAGAAUAGCAUAAGAAAGAGUUAUUUUAAACUCUUAUCAAGUUAAAUUUCCUUAGAAACCAAAUGUCUCUUAAGAGUGCAAAGAUUUUAUUACUAAAUGUUUAACUUAUAAUAUGGAGGCUAGAUGGAAUAUAUCAGAAGCAUACUACUGUAAUUACAUUUAAAAUUUAAAACCAACUAAUUGA